GAGCCGCCCGUCGUGAUCUGGCCAGAGUGGUCCGAUAGCGAGGUAAACUCGGAAAAGUGGAGUACCAAACACGUCUUUGAAGACCCUGAGGGCCUGCUCUGCCUGCCCCGGAGUCUGCGCCCACUCUUGGAUUCUUACAAGCGGCCGAUCGAGUUCAUCGGCGACGGCCUUGCGCCCAUCGCCAUCCAGCCCACCGCCAUGCUCGAGGACAUAUUCAUGUCCAUGACGCCAAACAGCCAGGGCAGCAAUGGUCUGAGUGGCAUCAGCCAGGUCCGUCCCCAGAGGAUCGCCAGCGCUCGCGAGCGAACAGCACGCGAAGAUGGCUCGAUGCCGACCGACUCUGAGCAGCCGUCGUCGCAGGACAGCGGCGUGGAGGCCCUCGAAGGCGAUGGUCCCGAGGCACUCGAAGAGGGGGCGCCCAACCCGACCGAUCUUUCCACCACCAACUCGGACCCGCAGAGCACCCUCGUUGCCAACCGCUCCGACUCGAUCACAUCGCCGUUGCAGCCCUCGCCCGUCGUCUCGACCGAAGAGGCGCUGCCGCCCGAAGACGAAGCCUUGCCCACCGAGUUCUCGCCCGAGCAGGAGAACCUUUCCGGAACCAGCAAGCUAUUCCAGGCAAACCGGCAUCUGAUGUCCUCCGAGCUGAUGCGGCAGAUGGUGGCCACCAUCCACUACCUCUUCGACCAGAGCAAGUCCUUCAAGGCCGCCUCGCUCCCGGAUGAGUUCGCGCCCUGGGAACAGAUCUUCCCCAAGGGCAAAGACGGCCUCCCGGUGUAUAACGCAUCGGGCAAGUACAUCGUCAAGCUCUUCUGGCUGGGCUCGUGGCGCAAGAUCACGGUCGAUGAUCGAAUUCCGCUGGACUCGGAUGGCCGCCCGCUUCUGAUGUCGAGUCCAGCGGUGAACGAGCUGUGGCCGCUGCUGCUCUCGAAGGCGGUCGUCAAGGUGGCCGCUCUCAGCUACAAAGAGAUCGACGGUGAGCCCGAGUGCGGCGACUUUGACAUCUUCUACACCCUCAAGGGAUGGAUUCCGGAGCGCCUUGUCAGCCAGCAAAAGUCUGCCGGGUUCUGGACUUCGCUCCUGAACCUGAACACAAAAUCGAUGCAGGGCAACGGUCCCGUCUCGACCGCCGGCAAGCCUGGCGCCGGAGCCACUGCGAUGCAACCCGCGGCACAGAAGGAGAAGGCCGCCGAUCGGAGCGCCAUCGCCUCGGCCAAUGCAAGAGCCAACACGCCGCGCCAAGUUCCCUAUUCGGUCAUCAUGGCCUAUCGAGACGGCGAGGUGCGUGAGCUGUGGAUGCUGGAUCAAACCUGCAUCCGUGGUCCCACCGACAAAAUCGACAUCAACACAAUCGCGUUUAGUUUUCGGGUCAUGGAGCUGCGCGAGACCACACCGAUCGCCGUCACUGGGAAAGAAUCGCUCAAGAGCAAGCCCGGCAACGAGGAAGAAAGCGGCUGGUCUGACAACAACGAUUGCUGGAUGACCGGCACAGACUUUAUAAGGAUAUUUCGAUGCGUGACCAUCUACCACAACCAAGCGACUUUCAAGUGUGUCCGGACCUGGCACUCGAUCCCCGAUGCAAGCAAGGCCAACGAAAACCUGCGCAUCCCUCCAAUACUAUAUCUUCCGGAUCCCAGCCGAGAAGCCGCGGUGUACAUGUGCAUCUCGACGUACGGCAAGAUCAAGAACGAGAGCAUGCCGUCGGGAUCGAGCAUCACCCUCGAGCAGUAUGACUGGAAGCUAUCGGACAGAAAGAAGCCAACCGUGAGACUGUCUACAAACGCCUGCUUGGCGACAUAUGUUCGACUGCCAGCAGACAUAACUGCAUACCGCUUUGUUGUCGACUGCCCGACCACCUUCUUCAUAUCGUUCCUGUCGCGAGAGGACUUUUCUCUGGAAGACGAAGCAAAGUACCUCACGGAGCGGCUGAAUCUGUCGGUCAAGGAUGUCGAUGAUCAGUUCGCGGCGCAGGGUGUGGGAUCGUGGUUCCUGCUCUUCAAACAAGCACUGCACUUCAACGAACCAACCUAUCUGGCGGCCAACAUCUACACUCCAGACUCGAUACAAUCCCUCACAUCCCUGCGCAUGUUUGACAAUGACACCGGGAAGCUGAUUCCAGAAAUUUUCUACAACCUGCACCCAAGAAUCUACACACCAAACAAGUCCGGAUACACACUUCUGGCUGAUUGCCGCACGCCUGUAGCACGCCCGGCCGGAAAGUGGAAGCUGCGGCUCGUGUUUGAACCCAACACGCUGUUCUCACCCGAGAAGCCGCUCGAGAUCUUUACCAAGCCAAGCAUCCAGGAUUUCGAUGACAUUUACGUGCCAAACAAGCACAAUAUUCUGUUCCGGUUUGUCGUCAAGGUCAAGGACUGCCCUGAGAACUGCGUCUCUAUGCAGCUCACAUUCGCCUUUCCGCUGGUGUGGAUCAAACUUCAGAUCUUUGAGAACGACGUCGAGAUCCAGUCGUCCAAGGGACGAGGCAUCACGACCGUCUAUGCGAUCAAUAUGGUCCAGGGGCCUCCGGACUCGGCCUCGAAAGAAUCCAAGUCAGCCCCGGGCUCAGCUUCGUCUCAGUCCAAAAAGCCAAAGUACAUUGUGCAGGGCAGCGUCGAGCAGAUGGAGUUUACCAAAUUUGUAUCGGUGGCCUCGACCGUACCAGGAGAUGCUAACCGGCCGCCGUCUCGGGGGGCCAAAGUUGCCAGCGCCAAGAAGAAAAAGUCCACCACCCCGGCCAGCGCAACGGCUGCGACCACAACAGUGGUCGAGGACAAACCGCAGACCAAUGAGCCGGCCUGGAAGCUGCGGCUGAUCACCGCCGAUCCAGGCUCGCUCGUUGUCGUCAAGGAUACCGAGAAGGAGGACCGGUACAAAGCCAUCAAGGACUCGUGGGAAGCUGCCCAGCCCGGACGAGCCGCCAAGGCCCGCGAGGCCCGCGAAUCCUAUCUCAAAUCGACCGAGACCCUGAGCCGGGGCAUGAGCGUCUUCAAGUCCAACAAGUCCACGACGACAAAGUCGACGCCGACCGGUCGUCCGCUGACCAUUCAGUCCUUCACCGAGGAAACCGCCGACGAGUCCAUCGGAACAGCCGGAACUCUGGGCGUCGGACGACUGAUAACAGCCGAGAGCGGAUGGACAGGACUGUCAACGCUGCCAGCAACAGCAACCCCGGUGCACGUUCUCACGCCCGAGGAUUUGGAGCAGCGGGAGCAGGCGCGGCAGCAGAAGUGGAGCGCCUUUGAGAAGAUACACGACGAAGUCCGUCGGCAGCGAGCCGAGGGCAAGGAGUACCGGGCCCGGUGGAAACAGCUGCAGAUCGACAAAGUGGACGAGAAGCAGAAGGAGGUCGACUACUACAGAGACCUCGAUGUCAAGCGCAGGGACAGCUAUCGCCAGCGGAUCAUCAAGGAGAUGGAGGAUGCGAUGGCUCGCAAGCUGGCCCUCGAGGCACAACGGGCGGCAGAGCUGAUUGCCGAGGCUGGCGGAGACGAUAUGGCCAUGCAGGACAAAGACAAGGCCAAGAAGAAGGUCGGCAAGCGCUGAGCGACGGGACGGGAGUGCAUGUCGGGGGUUCAGGAAACGAGCCCGCUGCUGGUGCACCAGGCGUCGACCCCGAAUUGCAUUUGGGAUCAGUACGUCCCAACGCUGCAUGCCACAUUGCCCGACCUGGCAUGGUGCUUGUUUGGUGUUGUUCAGUUUCAUGGCGCCGUCUGUUCGCUCUGCUGUGACGCUCGCGCUGUUGGAACAGAGCUCGCUCAUGAACCGCGAUUGUGAUGUCCUGAGGCCUGG